ACUCGUCAAUGAUGGCAAUACUCAGAGUGCUCGUUGCACACCUUGCCGCUUCCUUGUCUUGAAUGGCCCUUUAUGCAAGACCCUACAUCAACCCCCCACACUGCCGACGGGUCGCACAACAGAAAUUGUCUUGGGCACAGCUCGUCAUAUCUCCACGAUUUGGUUCCAAGCUUGGAAUAUGAUGGCGAAAGAGAAUUUAUGCACCAGUCAUUUGCAUGGGCAAAUAGAAACGAACCAGCCCUGCUGCAGUGCAGCUCAACUCCUCGAGUGACAUGAUCCUAC